UCCGGAACCGUGGUUACGAAUCCAAUACCAAUGUGUUCGGUACACUACCACGAGCUAUUUGCCAAAUUUUCUCCUUCCAAAACGGACCGGGUGAUGAGGAAUCGAAUUUAAAAGAUCCGGUUUCGUUUUGAUCCUCGAAAGCGCCAGCGCCAACAACAUCGCGUGACGCAAGGUCGAAUCUGGCUAAUCCGCUGUGAAGGACGCUGUCGUCUGCCGCCAAGUCUGGGGCUGCUUUGUUUUUUUCCGGCACGUCGCCCGUAUUCACAUGUGACACUUUCUAGUGACUCGGAUACUAUCGCUACGCUUGCAUCCUUGGCGUGGGAUGUCGUUUGGAAACCGACGCAGCGUUCCCGACUCCAGGAAAACUUCCUUCGAAAACCUCGAUGUUUGAUUUCGCACGCCAAGGAUACAGCUACAGCCAGACCCCAGACGAAGCGAAAGUUGGAAGCAGCUACAUCACUAGCGGGUAUCCAGAUGAAGCAAGGAGUGUUCAUGCUGUCCGUGUAUGCUCCUCGCAUUUCACCGAUAAUGUGUAUCUGGAUGAGAACAUCAUGGAAGUGCAACUUGGAUUGACACAAAAAAGGAACGAAUUGAAACUUGACGCCGUUCCGACAGUGUUCCACGAACAAAGCGAGCCAGCAACUUCGACACUGCAGGCAGUUCGACAGGGUCAAGCGCAAGUGAAGGACCAGGUGCUGCUGAUCAAGUCCCAUCCAUCCAUGAAACGGCAUCAAACAAUGAUCUUCCAGAACAGUGCUUUCUUCAUCCAAGUUCAAGAAGUAAAGAGAAUGACUUCAUGGCUUCUACUGAAAUCUCACAGCUACAUGCCAAGACAAAAUAACUUGACAGCAGGAAAUGAAAAAAAAAAAAAAAGGUCAAUUUCAGGUCCACCCAAAUCUUUGUGCAGAGGCUGACAACAACAACGCUAUUGUGAGAUGAUGAAUGAUGCAGCGUUGAGAUUAAGCCCUUGUUUCCUUUUUUGCAAUGCUAUACAUUACUGCUGGUUAAAUGUAAAAUGAUGCACCUUCCUCCAGACAUUAAAGGGGCUACCAGAGAUGUAGUGUCAAUUCAACAGAAAACCUGCAUGUUCUACGAGGCACUGUCACAUAAGCAUUGGCCAAAUUUGCUGUCCUGUGAGCUUUGAUAGGAUAUGCCGUAGAUAGUAAGAGGCCUCUUACUGUAAAAGGGAGGUGCAUUAAUCGAGUAGUGGGGUCUGAGGCAUGAGGGCCAUUUCAGGAUGUACUAACCCUUCUAAAAUUUUACACUUGGUUAUGCCCAGAGAUCGAUCCAGAUCCCCCCCCCCCCCCCCCCAACACCCCAAGUUUUUUUCCUGUGUACCACUGUUAUAAUGAAACCGUCCAAUUUACUGUCCAAUCGUCCCAUUUUCAUUGCAAUUGAAGUACUUACAAAACUGUUUAUUUUUUAUUUUUGUGAGUCCCCGCUUCAGAUCCCAAGGGACAUUGCCAGUGUGGUGCACGCUGAUAACUGUCUGUGCAUAGCAAAUAAUAAAUAUCUGUGCGUGAAGA